GGUCCUCGGCUACAUUCACGUGCGUCUUGCUGUCAUUGACAAACAUGGCCGCCUCCACGGGUGCUGCUGCCUCUGACCCACACGGUCCAGCUUCGGCUGGUCCGGGCGGUUCGGACAUCACGAGCUUUCAGUACAGCAUGAUUCUGGACCAUCUCAUCGGGGACAAGAGGCCCGUGAAGGACCUGAACCCGGGCGUGAUGGGGGGUUUACCGGUGCCUCCUAAAAGCGACGAGCAGAAGAUGAUCGAGAGAGGCAUGGAGAGCUGCGGCUUCAAGGCGGUGCUGGCCUGCGUGGGCGGGUUUGUACUCGGAGGAGCUUUUGGCGUUUUCACAGCCGGCAUCGACACCAACGUCGGCUUCGACCCCAAAGACCCUCUGAAAACUCCGACGGCACGAGAAGUCCUCAAAGACAUGGGCCAGAGGGGGAUGUCCUACGCCAAGAACUUUGCCAUCGUGGGCGCCAUGUUCUCCUGUACAGAGUGCAUCAUUGAAUCACACAGAGGCAAAUCUGACUGGAAGAACGCCGUGUACAGCGGUUGUGUAACCGGAGGGGCCAUUGGAUUUCGUGCCGGUCUGAAGGCCGGUGUUCUGGGAUGUGGAGGCUUCGCUGCAUUCUCCGCCGCCAUCGAAUACUACUUACGGUGAACCACCAAAGAGUGGCUCUAUGGGCGAGAACUUGAAUCGAUGCACACUUGGACCAGCCCUGUGAGAAAUCCAACCACGUGAAUAUUUACUGGCAUGUGGUGGAUUUCUGCAGAAGCAGAACUGAUGUAUGUGGUGGGAGUGACAGCUUCCUGUUUGUGUACAGUGGUGUUGUGUGAUGGCGCAACGGGCUGAAAAAAAAAAAGUUUUUUCCCCCCAGUGUCUCAUUACUUUAAUCAUAUGAACAGUCUGAGCAAAGUGACUUCAUGUGGAGGAUUUCCAGAAAGAGAGCAGAGUGUGUCUCCGUCUAUGCUGAACUCUGAGUCACGACCACCUCAAGCCAGACUCGGAUAAACUCUGUUCUUGUUGUAGAACAUUGGUGUGUCUGUAACUAAUCCACAUAAAGAUUAUUUAUAUUAAAGAUGUUUUUUUUUUUAAUCAA